AUGGAGAUUUUACUUGAUGGACAAACUAAUGGAGCCCUAAAGAAGACGAAGAUCGUGUGUACUCUUGGACCGGCGUCUAGAUCUGUUGAGAUGAUCGAGAUGCUUCUCAAAGCCGGUAUGAACGUAGCCCGGUUCAAUUUCUCCCAUGGUACUCACGCUUACCACCAAGAAACUCUCGAUAACCUCAGAACCGCCGUAGAGAACACUGGUAUCUACUGUGCCGUCAUGCUCGACACAAAGGGUCCUGAGAUCCGAACCGGAAUUCUGAAAGAAGGAAAACCGGUUCAGCUAACUCAAGGUCAAGAGAUCACAAUCUCAACAGAUUACACCUUGGAAGGAGAUUCAAACACAAUCUCGAUGAGCUACGGGAAACUUGCAGAGGAUCUCAAGUCAGGGGACAUGAUUCUCUGUUCCGACGGAACAAUUUCUCUAACCGUCUUGUCCUGCGACAAGAAUCUCGGUCUUGUUCGUUGCCGGUGCCAGAACUCUGCCACUCUUGGUGAAAGAAAGAACGUCAAUCUCCCUGGAGUUGUAGUUGAUCUCCCGACACUCACAGAGAAGGAUCAAGUCGAUAUCCUGCAAUGGGGAGUUCCGAAUAAGAUUGAUAUCAUCGCUCUUUCCUUUGUUCGUAAAGGCUCCGAUCUCGACGAGGUCAGGAAAUUGCUUGGAACGCACGCAAAGAGCAUCAUGCUUAUGUCAAAGGUUGAGAAUCAAGAAGGGGUGAGGAAUUUCGACGAGAUUCUGAAGAAAUCUGAUGCAUUCAUGGUGGCUAGAGGAGAUUUGGGAAUGGAGAUUCCGAUAGAGAGGAUAUUUCAAGCACAGAAGAUGAUGAUCGAGAAGGCUAAUGCACUCGGGAAACCAGUGGUCACAGCCACACAGAUGCUCGAGUCGAUGACAAAAUCUCCUCUUCCGACAAGAGCAGAAGCCACAGACGUUGCCAAUGCUGUCCUCGACGGCACCGAUUGCGUCAUGCUCAGCGGAGAAACCGCCGCCGGAGCCCACCCUGAAGCCGCCGUGCAGAUCAUGUCAAGAAUCUGUAAGGUGGCAGAGGAUAGCAUCGAUUACGAAGAUGCGCAGAUGAAAAUCCACAGAGCCGUUCCGUUGCCGUUGUCGAGAAUCGAGGGCUUAGCCGCUGCAGCCGUCUCUCUGGCCUGGAUUCAGAGCGCCAAGGCGAUUGUGGUCGUCACCAAGGGCGGUUACACGGCGGGGCUUGUGGCGAAGUACAGGCCGAGCGUUCCGAUUCUGUCGGUUAGUGUGCCGGAAGACGACGAUUCGUGCCCUGGAUCGGUGGCGAGACGUGGCUUGGUUUACCGUGGAAUCAUUCCGGUGGUGGCGAAAAAGGGUUCGACGGAGGAGACUAGUAGAGUAGCGAUCCAAGUCGCAAAGGAGAAGAAAAUCUGUAAGGCUGGAGAUUCGAUUGUCUUGUUGCAAUACAUCGAUGCUUCUUCCUCUGUUCUGAAUAUCAUCACCGUGGAGUAG